AUGGCUGAUCACGUGGACAAGAAACCCCGCAUUGGCGAAGAAUUGUGCAUUAAUACGAUCCGUAUGCUAUCGGCUGACCAGCCAACCGCUGGCAAAUCUGGUCAUCCAGGUGCCCCAAUGGGCUGCGCUCCCAUGGCUCACGUUCUCUUUGGUAAUACCAUGAAGUUUAACCCGAAGAACCCCAAAUGGAGCAAUCGCGACCGCUUUGUCUUGUCGAAUGGACACGCCUGUGCACUGCAGUACAGUAUGCUGCAUCUGACGGGCUACGACUUGCCCAUUGACGAGCUCAAGAAGUUCCGUCAGUGGGGAUCCAAGGCUCCCGGCCAUCCGGAAAACUUUUGCACGCCUGGUGUGGAGGUAUCUACGGGUCCACUGGGUCAGGGAAUCUCAAAUGCUGUCGGUCUUGCCAUUGCUGAGAAGCAUCUGGCAGCUGAGUUCAACAAGGACGGCCUAAAUAUUGUCGACCAUUACACGUACGUCAUCUCUGGUGACGGUUGCUUGCAGGAGGGAGUAUCCUCGGAGACCUCAUCGUUGGCAGGCCACCUGGGGCUGGGCAAGCUUAUCGUGCUGUAUGAUGACAAUAAGAUUACAAUUGACGGCCAUACCAACCUCUCAUUUACUGAGGACGUACAGAAACGUUACGAGGCGUACGGUUGGCACGUCCAGGUCGUCGAGGAUGGCGACUACGACCAUGCCUCUAUCCAAAAGGCUGUCGAUACGGCCAAGGCUGUGACGGACAAGCCGUCGCUUAUUAAGAUCCGCACCACCAUUGGUCUUGGCUCGAAGCUCGAGAACACCCACUCGGUGCACGGUGCCCCGCUGAAGCCGGAUGACCUGUCGGCGACCAAGGAAAAGUUUGGCUUCAAGGGAACGGAGUCCUUCUUUAUCCCGGAGCAGGUUAAGAAGUAUUACGACAAGACCUUGUCGGGUGCCGAACACGAGAACAAGUGGAACGAGCUGUUUGCCAAGUACACUGAGGCUUACCCCAAGGAGGCUGCUGAGUUCACGCGCCGUAUGGAGGGCAAGUUGCCUGUGGAUUGGAAGAAUAACAUGCCCAAGUACACGACCGCGGACGCCACCAAGGCUACCCGCCAGUACUCGGAGAUCGCCCUGAAUGCAGUCGCAACGGCUCUGCCCGAGCUUGUUGGCGGCUCGGCCGAUCUCACCCCGUCCAACCUGACGCAUCUUUCCAUGUCAGGCGACUUCCAGAAGGACACUCCCAUUGGCCGCUACAUUCGUUUCGGUGUGCGCGAGCACGGCAUGGCCGCCAUAUCGAACGGUUUGUUCGCUCACGGCGGUGUGCGUCCGUUCUGCGCUACCUUUUACAACUUCAUCGGCUACGCUAUGGGUGCCGUGCGUUUGAGCGCUCUGUCGCGCUUUGGUGUGAUCUACGUCGCAACGCACGACUCGAUCUUCCUGGGCGAGGAUGGCCCGACUCACCAGCCUAUUGAGAUGAACGCGGCGCUGCGCGCAAUGCCCAACAUGUACGUCUACCGCCCGGCAGACGGUAACGAGACGGUGGGUGCCUACAUUUCCGCCGUGGAAAACCAGCACAAGACGUCCGUGCUUGCGUUUACCCGUCAAGGUCUGCCGAACCUGGCUAACUCGACUGCCGAGGCUGUUGCCAAGGGUGCUUACAUCGUGGCCAACGUUGCUAACGGAGCCGAGGUGGAGUCGCUUGAAGGCGAGCCGGACCUGGUCCUGAUUGCCUCUGGCUCGGAGGUGUCGCUCUCGCUCGACGCUGCCAAGCUGCUGACCAACUACAAGGUGCGCAUCGUGUCUGCGCCGUGCCGCGAUCUAUUUGACGAGCAGUCCAACGAGUACAAGAAAGAGGUCCUCGGUGAGGGCAUCCCCUCGAUGAGCGUUGAAGCUGGCGCCACCUUUGGCUGGUCCACCUACUCGCACACUCAAUUUGGUUUGGAUCGCUUCGGUGCCUCAGCCACAAUCGCGCAGCUGAAGGAGCACUUUGGUUUCAACCCAAACACCGUUGCCGACGAGGCCCGCAAGCUGGUUAAGUUCUAUAAUGGCCGCUCGGCCCCCAGCCUUUUUGACCGCCCUGCCCUUCGUGUCCUCAAGGCCGUGGACCACUAG